AAAAAUAAGAGAUUAUUUAAUAUCACAAUUAUAUUUAAAACAACGAAAUAAAAAUACAUUAAUAUUAACUAAAUUGCUAAUUAAACACACGCACACAUACGUGUAUACACACGAUUAUAUUGCAAAAGGUGCACACAUGCAAAGGUAACCUAUACACAAAGGAAGUCAAUCAUAUAGAUGUAUAGUUAUCUAUUAUACGUACAAAUACACACAUAGAUGCAGGCACACUCACACUAACGUAACCACAGGCACGCACGCUAGAAUACACACUCAAGCAGCCACAUAAACACACACGCGGAUAAAUACACACCUCGACGGAGACACGAAAACGCGCGCUCAGACACACAGACACAGCUGUACAUUAAACGCGGACAACGCAUACACGCACAUACGUAAUCAUUCAAUAUUCAUUUACGCACACACGGACACACAUACACAUAUUUUCCCCUCGAUAUACGUACAAAAUCGAUCAAUUUCCAUUCAAUAUAACACGCACACACACACACUCAUACAUAUAUAAACACUUUUUUUUUUCCGCGAACACACAAACACAAAGACGCGCACACAUAUAUCGUCAUUCAUACACACAUAUACUGUCAUUCACACACACGUAAACAUCUACCGUCACUCACACACGUAUACACAUACCGUCAUUGAUACACGCACGCACGCACACAUACAGACACAUGCACAUAUAAAUAUACCGUCAUUGAUACACACACACACAGACACAUAUACAGUUUGUCUCCACCCCCACCACCAAAAGCACAUACAUACACACGACCAUACAUCAUCAAUAGAGACGAACUGAAGCGACCGCAUUUUCUCUUUCUCCGCUAAAAUCCUCAUAAAAAUAAUACAGAGGGAAAACAUGGCGGACAGCAGAAGCGAAGGCAUCGCACUGGAGACACCGAAACAAGAAAAGAGACCUCGAGACAGUAUUCUAGUCCAAGAAUCUAAGGACGAACUAACAGAUCUACCCAGUGAGGCCAAACGAAACAGCUCGUCCCGUUUUAAAGUGCAUCGUGUCUCCAUUGCCGAACCGUGCGAAGAUGAAGACGAUAGUGCUCCACAGCAACACUAUCGUUAUAGUAUUGAUAGCGGUAGCGAGAGAAUCCUUGACUCGCCACAUGGAACCUUCUCUUUCAGUCCAUCGGACACUUACAGGACUCAUUCGUACGAUACGAGUAAUCUGAAGACAUUUGGAGGUAACACACACGAGGCCAUUCCUCACUUGGACCAUUAUAGGAAUCUUUUAUCAACUACAGCAGCGUUAAAAUCACGCCCGACCCUUCAGGAGCUACAUGAAGGUAAACUUCCAACGGAUGAUGAGCAGAAGAACAAAGUUGCUGCUCCAUUAUUGCCAGACGAAGAGAGAGGGGGUAAAGAGGUUACUACUGCUUCUUCAAGUGCACCUCAAGCUGCUACCAAGUUCGGAUGGAUAAAAGGCGUUUUGGUACGAUGUCUGCUCAACAUCUGGGGUGUGAUGCUGUUUCUGCGUCUCUCAUGGGUGGUUGGUCAAGCUGGCAUUGGACUCUCUACGGUGGUCAUAUUGCUGGCUGCUGUUGUGACAACGAUUACCACCUUAUCCAUGUCAGCCAUUUGCACCAAUGGAGAAGUGAAAGGAGGUGGUGCUUAUUAUUUGAUAUCCAGAAGUCUUGGGCCUGAGUUUGGUGGUGCUAUUGGUAUAGUGUUUUCUAUUGCCAAUGCUGUUGCAAUAGCUAUGUAUGUCGUAGGAUUUGCUGAGACGGUGAGAGAUUUGUUGAAAGCUAACAAUGCCUUAUUAAUUGAUGAGGUGAAUGAUAUCCGGAUCAUAGGAGUGAUAACGAUUACUCUUUUGCUGGGUAUAGCUAUCAUUGGUAUGGAGUGGGAGGCACGGGCUCAGUUGAUAUUGUUGGGAAUAUUACUUUUAUCAAUGUCUGCCUAUAUCAUUGGAUCGUUUAUCUCACCAAACAAUGAUAACUUUUCCAAAGGUUACACUGGCUACAGAGUUGAUGUAUUCAAAGAAAAUUUCCUGCCAGAUUUCCGCAAUGAGGAGUUCUUCUCAGUAUUUUCCAUCUUCUUUCCUGCUGCUACAGGAAUUCUUGCUGGUGCUAAUAUUUCUGGUGAUCUAAAGGAUGCCCAAGUGGCUAUCCCCAAAGGAACCCUAUUAGCCAUUGCCAUUAGUUCAGUUGUUUAUAUUCUUUGUGCAUGGUCAUUAGGCGCCUGCAUUGUUCGUGAUGCAGGUGGAGCAAUUUUUUAUGCAGCUGUGAAUGCAACGAUUGAUGGUGAUAUGACACUUUAUAACUCCACUGCAGAGGAUGGUAUUAAAAAGGUACCAUUUGUUACUAUGUCUCUUAUGCGUAACUGCACUUUGGGUGAAGAUGGUGUGUGCAAAUAUGGUCUCCAGCAUGACUUCCAGGUAAUGGAGCGUAUUGCAUUAUUUGGACCCUUGGUUACAGCUGGUAUUUUCUCUGCAACUCUUUCUUCAGCUCUUGCAAGUCUCGUCUCUGCUCCCAAAGUCUUUCAGGCUGUUUGCAAGGAUAGGAUCUUCCCAGGAAUCCAUGUUCUUGCUAAGGGUGCCGGUAAGGGUGACAAUCCCCGAAGGCUAUAUUUUCUUGCCUAUUUCAUUGGGAUUGCCUUUAUUUGCAUAGGUGAACUAAAUGCCAUUGCUCCAAUUAUAUCAAAUUUUUUUCUCAUGUCUUAUGCUCUCAUCAAUUAUUCCUGUUUUGAUGCUUCUUUGGCUAACUCUCCGGGAUGGAGACCAGCAUUCCAAUUUUAUUCCAUGUGGGUUAGUCUUUUAGGGGCCAUUUUAUGCAUUGCUGUGAUGUUCAUCAUUAAAUGGUGGACUGCUUUACUCACAUUUGCUGUCAUAGCGUCACUGUAUAUUUAUGUGCAUCACAGAAAACCAGAUGUUAACUGGGGUUCAUCAACACAAGCUCAUGUAUAUAAGAGUGCUUUGCAGUCUACUCUCAAGUUAAUAGCUGUUGAGGAUCAUAUCAAAAAUUUCAGACCUCAAGUUCUCCUUCUAAGUGGUUUACCCAGUAGCCGUCCUGCCUUGGUGGACUUUGCAUCCAGUUUCACUCGUAACUCCAGUUUAAUGAUGUGCUGCAAUGUUAUUGUGGAUCCAAAUGUCGACAGCUUAAAAGUACAAAGAACUAAAGAAGAAUACAGUUGGCUUCAACGAAGGAAAGUGAAAUGUUUUUAUGCACCAAUUGUUGCUCCAGACUUUCGUUUAGGAGUCCAAGCAUUUAUGCAGGUAAAUAUGUACAUAUAUAUAUUCUUUAGUUCAUUUAUCUUUUCACUAGAUUUUCACUUAUCCUCUUCUGUAAGCUCUUUCCCAUCAUCAUCAUUAUCAUCA